UAUAUUAUGAAUUUAUCGAUCAUGAGAAUAAUACAAUCAUUAAAUAUUUUCUAUUUUUUGAUAAUGAUGUUUGAAAUAUUAAAGAAGAAACUCUAAUAGAUUAUACUGAAUAUGAAUUUGUUUGGUACUUUAAAGGAUUCUAUACAAAUCCUUCCAAAUAGCAAGUCAUAAUAUAUUUAUUGGACGGAAUGUUUGAACUAUCUGAAAAAGCUAUCUAAUUAAAGUUUCCAAUCGAUUAAUAGAAAUUUAAUCUAAUUGUUGGAGGUGGUUUCAUUGUAUCCAAAAAUAUUCCACUUUAACUUUUUGAAAGAGAUAUCCUAUCCCUAUUUUCCAGGAGAUAUUAUGUAUUUUAAGAAUUGUUUUCCAUUAAGUGCUGAUAAUUUUAUUAACCUCAUCGAAGACUAGGAUGACAUAGAUUGUACUUGUGAAUAAAAUUUAAAAACCAGCAUAGCAGAUGUAAUCAUAGAAAAAUAAAAUUAAUAUGAAUUUGUAUCCCAAAAAUCUAAUUGCUAAGAAUUUUUAUUAGCUAGUUGGGUAAAAAUUUAAGAAAUUUAUUUAUCCGAUGAUGAAUUCGAUUAUUAAUUUAUAAGACUAUGCGGUAAUUUUUAACAUCCACAAUUCAUUCAACAAAAUUUAUGUGCAUUUUAACUAUUUUACAAGAUCUCAUCCAGCAAAAACCAAAUAAUUAUAACAACCUAUAGCUAUAAUUUUCCUGUUGUCGACAUAGACUUUUCAAGCAAUCCUUUCUUAAAGUCUAAGGCAUUUGAUGUAACCUCUAAUAUUAAGUUAUGGCAUUAUAUAUUAGUAAAGAAAUUAGAAAAUUCAAUUUCAGUUUCAAUAACCUUUUACAAUAAUUUUAAGAAAGAAGAAUUUAAAAUAAACUUAAAUGUCUAACAGUUUAAUAAAAUGUAAUUUAAACUAUUAUAUGGAAAUUUAUUAUAAUCCUCACCCAACUACCUAACAAUAAAAAUUGUUGGGUUACAAUUUUUUAAUUGUUUAUAUUUUAUUAGGCCACAGGUAAGUUGCCACCCAACUUGUUAAGAAUGUGAUGGUCCAACAAAAGACGAUUGCCUUUCAUGUUUUAAAAAUUCAAAUAGAAUAUAUUUACCAGAUUAUAAGUAAUGUAUUUGCGAAUAUGGAUCAAUUGAUUUGAAUAAUAAAUGUGUUAAUUACUAGGUUUUAGGCCUUAUUUUAAAUCAAGAAAAUCCAUCGAAAAAAGAAUGCAAAUGUGGUUUUUUCGAAAUUGAAGGUGAUUGCUAAUGA